GCUGCGCCUGAAGGCCGGGGUCUGCCCGGCGCGGCGGCGGAGGCCGCACUGGCGGGGCCGGUAGGCGGCGGCACCUGGACGCGGCAGCGGCCCCACCGCCCGCCCGCCCGGGAGGAGGAGGCGGGGGGAGCGGAGCCGCCGCGCGCUGCCGCAUGUGCCUGGAGCGGAGCCGGAGUGGGCAGCGUGAGCCAUGGCGGAGCAUGGCGCCCCGGCGCCCGCCAUCCCCAACGGCGAGUGCGCCGCGCGCCUCCCCGGCAACAAGGUGACCGUCGUGCUGGGGGCCCAGUGGGGCGACGAAGGCAAAGGCAAGGUGGUGGACUUGCUGGCGCAGGACGCCGACAUCGUCUGCAGGUGCCAGGGAGGCAAUAAUGCAGGACAUACAGUUGUUGUGGAUUCUGUGGAAUAUGACUUUCAUCUUCUGCCAAGUGGGAUCAUCAAUCCAAAAGUCACUGCAUUCAUUGGAAAUGGUGUCGUUAUUCAUUUGCCAGGGCUCUUUGAAGAAGCUGAAAAAAACUUAAAGAAAGGAAAAGGGCUAGAAGGCUGGGAAAAGAGACUAAUAAUUUCUGACAGAGCUCACAUUGUAUUUGAUUUCCACCAAGCUGCUGAUGGCAUCCAAGAACAACAGAGGCAAGAACAAGCAGGAAAAAAUUUGGGAACUACCAAAAAAGGAAUUGGCCCAGUAUAUUCUUCAAAAGCAGCUCGAAGUGGACUCCGAAUGUGUGAUCUUGUUGCUGAUUUUGAUGAAUUUUCAGAGAGGUUCAAAGUGUUAGCCAAUCAGUAUAAAGCGAUUUAUCCUACCUUAGAGAUAGAUAUUGAAGGGGAAUUGAAAAAGCUCAAGGGCUGCAUGGAAAAAAUAAAACCGAUGGUGAAGGAUGGUGUUUAUUUCAUGUAUGAGGCUUUACAUGGACCACCAAAGAAGAUAUUAGUAGAAGGUGCAAAUGCAGCACUGCUGGACAUAGAUUUUGGCACAUACCCUUUUGUGACUUCGUCAAACUGUACAGUUGGAGGUGUGUGUACAGGCCUGGGCAUGCCACCACAGAAUGUUGGGGAAGUGUAUGGAGUUGUGAAAGCAUAUACAACGAGAGUUGGAAUUGGUGCCUUUCCUACAGAGCAAGAUAAUGAAAUCGGAGAGUUGCUGCAAGCAAGAGGUAAAGAGUUUGGUGUUACCACUGGUAGAAAGAGAAGAUGUGGCUGGCUGGACCUUGUGUUACUCCGAUAUGCCUACAUGAUUAAUGGAUUUACUGCAUUGGCACUUACCAAAUUGGAUAUCUUGGACGUAUUUCCAGAAAUCAAAGUUGGUGUUGCGUACAAACUAGAUGGUGAAAUCAUACCUCAUUUUCCUGCCAACCAGGAAGUCUUAAAUAAAGUAGAGGUUCAGUAUGAGACACUCCCAGGAUGGGAUACAGACAUAUCAAAUGCGAGGACGUUUGAUGAGCUGCCUGUAAAUGCACAGAACUACGUUCGCUUCAUUGAAAUGGAGUUGGGUGUUCCUGUUAAAUGGAUUGGAGUAGGGAAGUCCAGGGAAUCAAUGAUCCAGCUGUUUUAAAGAUUUCAGAUGCAUGGAAGAAAGCACACUCCUCAAAAGACUGCUCAUUCUUAAAUGCAUUAGUAGCCCGCAAAGCAAAGAUGUUGGAAAGAUAGAUUUUUGCAUGGAAAGAAAUGCUAGAGUUGAUACCCCCAAAUCAGUCGCUACUCCUGAAAGAGACUUUAACAUGAACCUGUAUCAGUUCUUGUUCAGCUGCAGUUUCCAGGACACUUGUCAUUGUUGUUCAAGGUGCCAUCAGAGUUUUUUCUUUACCUAAUAUCUACUUCAUAAUGUAAUUCCUGUUUGAAAAUCUUAAGGCGGCAUUACUUUCAUGACUUUGUCUUUGUUAUCCUCUCUCUGCUUUCAGCGGUGUUACUUCCUGAAAUUUUAGACAGUAAAAAUAAUGCAGUUUUGCACAGAUAGUUUUACAUCCUCAUUAUUUGUAUUCCUACAGCUGUUGUAUUCUUAAUGGCUGCUCUUGUGAGUGAUUAAAGAGGGGGGUUCUGAUUUUAUAAUGCUAUAAAUGCUGUCUAAAUUAUUGUGUGAUCUGUUUUUUUUAAAAAAAGAUGUGAUGCCAAGUUGUUAAGAAUGUCCAGGUUUUUUUAGCUGUGUAACACAGAAAACUUACUCUUUGUAACUCGCAGAGGACUCAAGUGUUUACCAGGAAGUGUGCCCAGAAAGUUGGAAAACCGAUAUUGUAAAAAGUUCAUUUGCAAUUAUUAAAGAACCAUUCUGAUUUUGAGUUAAAUGUUUUAUAAUGUUACUUUGCUUCUUCCUAAGCGCAUAUCUCAAACUGUUUCCCUAAUUAAAUGAGGUUAUAUUUA